AUGGCUGAAGAAAAAAAGUCCGAUGAGCACAUCAACUUGAAAGUUACAGGACAAGAUGGUAGUGUAGUUCACUUCAAAAUCAAGAAAAAUACACCACUUAGGAAACUCAUGUCAGCUUACUGUGAACGAACGGGAGUAAAAAUGGGUUCCAUGAGGUUCCGUUUUGAUGGACAGCCAAUCAAUGAGACCGACACCCCAUCACAGCUCGAUAUGGAAGAUGGUGAUGCAAUAGAUGUAUUCCAACAGCAGACGGGAGGCCACUUUAAAUAUUUCAUGAAAAGUUAA